CGAAAGCGAAACACACAGACCGAAAGAACCUUCAGCGGAAAAUGCUACAGUACGAGUAGGCGGCGGCGGCGGGUGCCACAGGAGCAACAGUGGAUAAUCGGGGGGAGCAGAAGGGUUGCAGGGGACUCCCCACAGAACUCAUCUCCAUCGCUCCCUAUUUGGAUAUGUACAAAACCCAGUGAAAAACCAGUGAGAAAAACCCAAGUGAAAGUGUUUGCCAAAGCCACACCGCCAUGAGCUCCACCGAAGGGGGAAGAGGCGUAGGCGCAGCAGCGGGCGGUGCUACGGCGGGGGGCCACAUCUUUCGCUCGCUGUCGUCGGAGAGCCAAAAACGGGAAUGGUCCAAGCGCCUAUCACUCAGGGGAAUGCGUCACGGAGCGGGAGGAGCAGCAGGUGGACCAGCGACAGGCCUGUCCACAGGAAAGGAGGAAAGCAAACACAGAAAGUUCUUCAGCCGCUCGGCCUCGCUGAAGCAGUCGGGUAGCGGCGGCAGCCAGCAGGCCUCCAUGGAGCUGCAUGUGCCCGGGCAGGGUGGGGCGUCGUCUCCGCAGACCCAGACCCAGCCCUCGACGCCCAAGAAGUCCAAUUGGGAGGUGAUCGAACAUUUCAAUACGAGUGCCAAGGGAGGCAAGGCCAUGGUGAGCAGCAGUUUGAUUGCGGCGGGCAUCACGCGUUGCAACAUCGACGAGUCCAUCGAUUCGACGAACUCGAGCUCCACCUGCCACAGUCCCAUGAUCCAUCAACGCGAUGAGACGCAGCUGCUGCAGCAAGGUGAUGCCAACAAUCUGGAGGCCAACAAUCCCAGCCAGAGUGGCGCCGGCGCUGGCGGCAGCGGCACGGGUGGAGCUCUCAGUCCCAGCAUCUCCUUUUGGUUCCGCCUGAAUCGCAUCAUUCUGCGCCUCUGCUCCACGCAUCAGUUCAAGAAUCUUCAGGUGGAAAUGCUGUAUCAGCGUUACUUUUUGCGAAUGAACCAAAGCAACACGACGCACAUUCUGGCCCUGCUGCUGGUCCUCAUCCUGGCCCUCUCCGGCACUCACAUCGUGUUCACCACACUGCAGCUCUGCCGCGGCGGCGGCGGCGGCGGCGGGAGUGCACUGAAACUGGAAAGCCUCAGCCUGGACCCAAAUGCCAGUGCCAGUGGCAGUGGCAGUGAUGGAGGUGGCAACUUAACGACAACCACAAUGGAGCCACCAGCAUCGGCAAUCGGGCAACAAAUUGCCAAUGGCAGGCGCCUCCUUCCUGUGGCUCUCAAUUUGAAUUUGAAUCUGAACUCGAGCGGCAGCGUGCCACAGGAAGGAGGUGUAACAGGAAGACCAAGCCCCGACUCUGCUGACCGCGACCUUGUUGAUUUUGAUGUGGCCCAGGCCCAGGCCCAGGCCCAGGCCGAUGAUGAUGAUGGCGAUGACGAUGGGCGUCGCUCGCUCCAAUGGAGCCAGCAGCGUAGGCAGAAGCGCAAACAUUAUCGACGCCUCCACAAGCAUCGCUACAAGCAGCACCAGCAGCACAGGACACGCUACAGACUGCGCAGCAGAAGGAGUCUGCAGGAGCGGAAGGAACGCCCGUCCAGUAGGAGGAGGAGGACCGACCCGGCUCAACUGAUUGUCGAGCCCGAUCAAGGCUUGUCCGAUGUCCUGACUGUUGCCCUGACUGGUGGCGAUGGCGAUGACGAUGAUGAUGCUGUGGACGAUGUUGUGGCGGCUGAUGGGGCGGCGACUGGCAGUAAACGCAUUACGUAUACGCCGCGUGUGCGCGACAACAAUGCAGUUUCACAGGCGGAACGUGAUGAAGUGUUAAACACAUCGUCAGCAGAAGUACCAACGGCAGCAGGAGCUUCGCAGGAUAGUUUGGGGCACAUCCUUGCCGCACUUGUCAUGCGGAUUGACGAGUCCGUGCUGGUCUUCCUCAUCGUAAUGCUAAUCUGCGGCAUUGUCUACGGCUUUCUGCUCUGCAUCCUGGCCAAGCCGGCCAUGAACGAGAUCUUUCUGGUGCUGGUUUCCUAUGUGAUACUGGGCACAUUCCUGGCCAUCGAGGUGGCCGUCAGCUAUGCCAUGCAGCCCAGCAAAUCCUUCAAUGGCAGCGCCUGCAGCGUCGUCCUCAUCUACAUGACCUACACCAUGCUGCCGCUUCGCCUGCGGGAGGCUCUGAUCGGAGGAGUGCUGCUGAGUGUCGUCCAUCUGUACACCUGCCUGAGGCUCACGACGGCAGCAGCAGAGUCUCAGCUGACUCUCCAAUGGGAGGAGCUGCUCUCCACGGUGGUGGCCCUGCUGCUGGCCAACCUCACCGGCGUCUACACCCACUGGCCGAAGGAGAAGGCCCAGCGCAAGGCGUUCAUUGAGACGCGGCAGUGCAUCGAGGCGAGGCUGCGGACACAGCGCGAGAAUCAACAGCAGGAGCGCUUGCUGCUGUCGGUGCUGCCACGACAUGUGGCCAUGGAGAUGAAGGACGAUAUUGCGGGCCAGCCACGUGACACUCAGUUCCAUAAGAUAUACAUACAGCGACAUGAGAAUGUCAGCAUUCUCUUUGCGGACAUUUGCGGUUUCACCAGCCUCUCGGAUCAGUGCACCGCCGAGGAAUUGGUGCGUCUGCUGAACGAGCUCUUUGCCCGCUUUGAUCGAUUGGCUGCGGAGCACCAUUGUCUCCGCAUUAAGCUGCUGGGCGAUUGUUAUUAUUGUGUCUCUGGGCUGCCGGAGCCAAGGCCGGAUCACGCCCAUUGUGCUGUGGAAAUGGGACUCGAUAUGAUUGACGCCAUUGCGCUCGUUCGCGAGGUGAUGGCCGUCAAUGUGAACAUGCGAGUGGGCAUCCACACGGGCCGCGUGCACUGCGGCGUCCUCGGCCUGGUCAAGUGGCAGUUCGAUGUGUGGUCCAACGACGUGACCCUGGCCAAUCACAUGGAGAGCGGCGGCAUUCCCGGACGCGUUCACAUCACCAAGGAGACGCUGAAAUGCCUGGACGGCGACUACGAGGUGGAGGCCGGCAAGGGCGCCGAACGCAAUUCCUAUCUCAAGGAUCAUCAAAUAGAAACGUAUUUGAUAGUGCCAGGGGAUAUCUACAGGCCACACAAAAAGUCGCGGAAUCGCCUGCAAGUGAAUGGAAACAUAUCCAAGGAGCUGCGCAUGAUGGGCCACGGCACUGCCCAGAAGCAUUCCUCCAAAUUUGGUUUUGGCGACAGUUCGGAGAGCACCAAGGAUCCCGAGGAUGAGGUGAAUGAGUAUCUGAUGCGUGCCAUCGAUGCCCGCAGCAUCGAUCACCUGAGGGCCGAGCACUGCCAGUCGCUGCUGCUGUGCUUCAAGAAGAGUGUGCUGGAGAGGAAGUAUGCCAGCGAGCCGGAUCGCAUGCUGUGUGUGUACUUCUAUUGCAGUCUGCUGGUCCUUCUCGGCACCAGCUUAAUGCGACUCGUGGUGUUCCAGAGCUCUCUGCUGACUCUGGCCUUGUCCCUGGUGGCGCUGUUGCUGCUGAUAUUUCUGGUAUUUCUGGUGGCAUGUCACAAAAUCAACUUUCAGCUGCCAUCGGACAUCAAACGCUUCUCAUUGCGCAUUCACAGCAAUCGCAGGAUAUCGCAGCUUUUCGCCUUCGCCAGCGUCGCCCUGAUUGUCCUCACCACCCUCCUGGCCAUGUUGCAGGAGUCUGCGCGGCAGCUGGAGCUGCUCGAGAGCCACCGCUUCUGGAUGGAGGUGAAUGUCACCGAAUACAGUCUGGAGGAGAUGCUGCCCCAGGAGGAGCCCCCCGACUGCGACUUCUACCUGGCAUACAAUACAUUCCUGCUGCUCACGCUGCUCUCGAUGAUGAGCUGUGCCACGUACCAAGUGCUGCGGAUUCUGCUCAAGCUGAUGCUCCUGCUCCUCGCCUCCGGCAGCUACAUGGCCUGCUCCUCCUAUCUAUAUGCGCGCAGCAAGGAAAUCAGUCAUGAAUUGGCGAAUGAGGAGGCCCUGCUGCGCUACAUAAUUGAUUCCAUCUUCCUCUUUGCAUUCAUGCUGGCCCUCAUCUUCCACAGCCACCAGACGGAGGCCACCUACCGCUUGGAUUUCAUUUGGAAGCUGCAGGCAACGGAGGAAAAGGAGGAUAUGGAGCAUUUGCAAGCUUAUAACCGUAAACUGCUUGAAAACAUUCUGCCCGUUCACGUGGCCGAGCAUUUCCUGAGCCGCGAAAAGCACCUGGAUGAUUUGUAUCACGAGCAAUGCGAUUCUGUGUGCAUCCUGUUUGCCAGCAUUCCGAAUUUCUCCGAAUUCUAUGUGGAGCUGGAGGGCAAUAACGAGGGCGUCGAGUGCCUGCGUCUGCUCAACGAGAUUAUAGCAGAUUUCGAUGAACUGCUGAGCGAAGAGCGUUUCCGUUGCAUUGAGAAAAUCAAGAGCACGGGCGCCACUUACAUGGCGGCAUCCGGACUGACGGUGAACACCUGCGACCAGGUCAACUUCAACCACGUCACUGCCAUGGCCGACUAUGCCCUGCAGCUGUUCGACAAAAUCGAGGAGGUCAACAUGCACUCCUUCAACAACUUUCGGAUGCGCAUAGGCAUCAACAUUGGUCCCGUCGUGGCGGGCGUCAUCGGAGCCUGCAAGCCGCAGUACGACAUCUGGGGGAAUGCCGUCAAUGUUGCCUCGCGCAUGGACUCCACCGGCCUCGUGGACCACAUCCAGGUAACUCAGGAGACGCAGCAGAUCCUGGAGGGACGCGGCUUCGAGCUCACGUGCCGCGGCAGCGUCAAUGUCAAGGGCAAGGGCUCGAUGAUCACCUACUUCCUGAAGGGCAAGAAGCCCAUCGAAAUUCCCGCUGCCAUCAAGGAGGAGGCGCCCUCCAAGGCAGACAUUGAGCCACCCAGAACGCUGACACUCGUGAAGGAGGGAGCAACAGGAGCAGGCAUAGGCAACAGCCCGACGAAGGCAGAGCUGCAGGAGGAACAGGAGCAGCUGGACGCCAAAGAUCAGCUGGAUGAGGAUGAGGACGAUCUGCUGCCAUCGCCAGACAUCGAUCUCAACUCGAACAUGCAGAGCCUGACGGCGCAGCGGCGGAAGUCCCUCUGCCGGCAGCACAACAUCUCCUCCUCGUUCGGCACGACGGUGAGCAGCUCCACGGGCAUCACGCCCAGCAUCUCGAACAGCUCCAGCGUGACGACCAUCGGCGCCCUGCCCACCCUCCUGCGCAACGCCAACCCGACUCUCGCGGACAACUGCUCCGAGUGCGGGGCCACCAGCAAGUCGGCGGCCACGCCCACAGCGACGCCUCGGACCCUGGUGGCGGAGCUGAGGGAUGAGAUCGCGCGGGACGAGAAGAGCGGCCUGAAGGACUCCAUUGAGAACCUGGAGAUCCUGCUGAAGAACAACAUCAGUCUGUCGGACCUGAGCAACAAGCAGCAGCAGAAUCUCAGGGGAGAGAUUCCCCCACUGGCGGCAGGCGGCACUGCCUCGGCCACCGCCACGCUGCGGAAGAGGGACACCAUCGUGUGCUUCAAUGUGACCGAGACGCUGACCACAACGGCCACCUCGUCGCAGUCCCAAUCCCAGUCGCAGUCGCAGCAGAGGAAACGCCGAUCGGUGACCACCAUUUCGGCGACUUGCAGCAGCAGCAGCACCACCACCACGCGGCUGCUCUCGAACGAGAGCCAGAGCUCCACGCAGACAGCGCCGGGAACCCUGGAGAGCAGUGCGGCGACCCAAUCCUCGACAGAGGCCUCGCAGGACUGGCAGCCCAAGACGGCCACGCUCGAGCCCAACCGCAGUCCCAUCAAGACCUCCCAGUCGAUGAGUCCGAUUGGGCAGCUCACGACGGAGGUGUUUGUGCUGCCCAACAGCCGGAGCAUGAUACUCAUCAGCAGUACGGGCGGAGCGGGCGGAACCGGACCGGGAACAGCCACCAGCAGCCCCCGGGCAGGGUUCCUGCAGGAUGUCAGCACGUAGGGGAUGCCCGUGCCCGUGCCCGUGCCCGUGGCGGGGAAAACCAUGUAAAUAUGUACAAAGAGCAGGCCCUAAGCUGGCAGCUAGACAGCUAAAGAUACUCGUAGAAAUAGGUUGAGUUUGGGUUUCGUGUGCCACUAGACCCCUCUUGCCUCACCCCUUUGCCUCGUCUAUACGUACGAUCUCGCAUUUAAUGUAGCUUUACGUGUUGUUCCUCAGUUAGCGUUUCAUUCAGGCAAGGCAUUCAAUGGACGAGUUUAAAGAGUUUUAGAGUCCAACCCGCAACGUUCCAUAUCAAAAACACACAGAAAAAACCAAAGAAAAACCAAAGUACGAAAGCAGAGACCUGCACUGCAACCAAAGGGGCACCAAGAGAGGAUCGUUAGUUACCUUCGGCCAUAAGGAAUAGGUUGUAAGCAGAGUAGAGGAGUAGUGGAAUCGAAUCGCACGGCACACGAGAGCAGCCCAGACCCAGGGGCAUCGUCGGGUAAGUGUGCAAAACAAAUCGAAUUUAAUGUUUCUUGUAACGAGUAAGAGAUGAAAUGAGAGAUGAAUUAGUGAAUAAGGUGGGAAAUGCAAUUCCCAUAACUAUCCAAUAACCAGUUUGAACCCUUGACCUAUAACCGUGCUGUAGUAAACCGUUGCAUAUCCGUCUUAAAGUGAAACCAGAAAUGGAUCGAAGUGGAUCCCAAAAUUCAAUUGCAUUCCCCGAGUAAAACUUGAAGUUUGUGGACAGUUCCGCCACAGCCCAUUCAAGAAUCGAAUGGAACUAUUUUCCAGCGAUGAACAUAUCGAAAUAUAAUAUAAAUAUCUUUACUUUCGGGACUGUCCAUCAACUGAACUCUCUCUCUCUCUCUGUCUCCGUCUUUGUCUUUGUCCCUAUCUGACAUCAUUUAAGAGCAAACUCUGUCAAUUGAUAUCCAAGCAGAAUAACCGUUUUGAAUUAUCAUGCAAAAGUCUACAAGAUCCAACGAUAAAUGUAAAAUGUAAAUCCAAAGAGUAUCAAAUACGAAUAAUCAGUAACUAGAGCAGAGUGUUAAUUGCCGUAAAUUGUUUUUUGUGUGCGUUAAAUGUGUCUCUCUCUCGCUCUCGCUCUCUCUUUGUACUAUUUUAUGUCUCAAUCACGAGUAAAUUGUUGCUGAAAGCAUCCACCCACACCCACACACAGACACUUCAAAGUUUAUGCGCAUCACACAUAGACACAUAAUAAUAUUUACGAGUAAAGUAAACCAACAACAACAACAAAUUCUCGCUGUGAUUUCUAUAAAAAAAUGAACGUUAGGAUGCAUAAAAUAAUUUGAUAAACAUGAAACAUUUUUUGUUACUUAGUUUUAACGCGAAACGAAUGCCUCUGGGCCACUUCAGACUCUACGAACUAUAGAGAUACAAAUUUAACUAUCUAAGGGCAAAGUGUCCUACUACACACAUAGUUUAUAAACAGACUCAGAUACAGAUAAACAGAUACGCAGAUACACAGAUACAGAUACUCAAUGCGUGUCGAGAUUAGCUUUGAUGUUCCGUUGAAUGUUGAUUAAAUGUAUUACACACAGGGUCUAAGUCGGUGUCAAUGUAAACGUGUUAAUAAAAUGCAUUUGGAACAACUAAA